CAAAGAUGCUGAGCACAAUUCAAGACCAUGACAAAGGCUCUGGAGCCCAUUGGUUCUAGACACACCAAUGGCUCUGGAAGAGGGUGAAGAGUCUGGAACCCUUUGAUUCUAGAUCAUACCAAAGACCCUGGGAACCCAGUGCCUGUCAUUAUUUUGAGAAGCCUCCAAAGUGUCUGCCGGCUGCAUGUAACCCCCUUCCUGCAACCAUGGCACAGAACCAUAGCCUGGAAGUGGAGACAAGGUGGCUGGAGACCCAUUAGCAAAGUAGGGAGUCUUGUCCUUCUGCAGCCGUGUGCCCUAAAUCCCUUUCUAUGGAGAGAAGGCGGUUUCAUAAGGCUUGCGGUGAGCACUGCAGCCUGAAAAGGGGAUCAAAUGUUUUGAAGGAGGACAAAGAAACCAAGCGCUCUGCUGAGAUCCCCCUGGAAGCUGGUGAGCAUGACUGGCUGGUGAAAGUCACCACUGGCCACUGGACCUGCCAGCUUCAUGGGCUUCUGCUCAAAGGUAAGAACCUUGCUGGGAAAAGGGACUUCUUGUCUGGGUUCGCUGCUCUGCACUGGGCAUCCAGGAGCGGGGACUGCGAGAUGGCACGCCAGCUCACGGAAAUGGCCAAGAAAGCUGGCAGCUGCCUCGAUGCGAACGCAAAGUCCUACGGAGGUUACACCCCGCCCCACAUCGCCGCCAUGCAUGGGCGUGAAGAUGCUGCUGCCAUGCUGGUCAGGAAUUGCCAGGCCAAGAUGGCUUUCCAGGAGUGCAGUGGGAGAAAGCCCCUCCAAUACUUAAACAAUGAGUCGCCUGCCACCCUCCAGCAGCUCCUGAACAAGCCGGAUAGUUCCAGUGCUGCUGCAGCCAGCCGGACUAAGAUGACAAAUGUGAAAGUUGCCAUCUUGAGUCCCACCAGCAGGUUCCUUGGAGUGAUCAAAGGCUUAAAGAGAUCUGUGUCCUCCCUCAGUGGGUCAGCGGGUGCCAGGAAGACAGGUAAAGCUACAGGGAUCUUUUCAUCCCUCUCCAAGGAAAUAAAGCAAGCCCAGAAGGAAGCCAAGACCAGAGGAAUACAAAUCUGUGUCUGAACUAUUUUCUCGAUUUGCUACUAGUC